AUGCCCGCCACUACAGCCCUCUGGAUCACCAUCCCCGCCACUACAGCCCUCUGGAUCACCAUCCCCGCCACUACAGCCCUCUGGGUCACCAUCCGGGCCACUACAGCCCUCUGGAUCACCAUCCACGCCACUACAACCCUCUGGAUCACCAUCCCCGCCACUACAACCCUCUGGGUCACCAUCCCCGCCACUACAGCCCUCUGGGUCACCAUCCCCGCCACUACAGCCCUCUGGAUCACCAUCCCCGCCACUACAGCCCUCUGGAUCACCAUCCCCGCCACUACAGCCCUCUGGAUCACCAUCCCCGCCACUACAGCCCUCUGGAUCACCAUCCCCGCCACUACAGCCCUCUGGAUCACCAUCCCCGCCACUACAGCCCUCUGGAUCACCAUCCCCGCCACUACAGCCCUCUGGGUCACCAUCCGGGCCACUAUAACCCUCUGGAUCACCAUCCCCGCCACUACAGUCCUCUGGAUCACCAUCCCCGCCACUACAGCCCUCUGGAUCACCAUCCCCGCCACUACAGCCCUCUGGAUCACCAUCCCCGCCACUACAGCCCUCUGGAUCACCAUCCCCGCCACCACAGCCCUCUGGAUCACCAUCCCCGCCACUACAGCCCUCUGGAUCACCAUCCCCGCCACUACAACCCUCUGGACCACCAUCCCCGCCACUAUAGCCCUCUGGAUCACCAUCCCCGCCACUACAGCCCUCUGGAUCACCAUCCCCGCCACUACAACCCUCUGGAUCACCAUCCGGGCCACUAUAGCCCUCUGGAUCACCAUCCCCGCCACUACAACCCUCUGGAUCACCAUCCGGGCCACUAUAGCCCUCUGA